UACUUACGUCAUCGAUGACUAUUGGUCAGCGUCAAAACUAGUCAGAGAAGGAGAGGAUGAGCAGUGAUCACUCGCACACAGCCAGACAAGGUAAAUACAACAAACCGAAGUUAUCGGCACCUUCACAUCAGAAACCAAGAGACAUAUAAGUAACAGAGCGCUUCUGGGAACCAGCACAAUCAAGUACCUCACCAGAUUUGUCAACUCAUUUUGCAUUAACCAUGGUGGACAAAAUGGUCUCUUUUGGACACGCGCUGCUGCGCCGUCGUGCUCUGGACUGCUCUGGUGAGGAAACACGGUUUGCUCGGUGUCUGUCCACUCUAGAUCUGGUGGCGCUCGGGGUGGGCUCCACACUUGGAGCUGGAGUGUAUGUUCUGGCUGGGGAGGUUGCGAGAGAGAAGGCUGGUCCUGCUAUCGUCUUAUGCUUCCUUGUGGCUGCACUUUCCUCCAUGCUGGCUGGACUGUGCUAUGCAGAAUUCGGUGCACGAGUCCCUAAGACAGGGUCUGCUUACUUGUACAGCUAUGUAACAGUAGGAGAAAUCUGGGCCUUCAUCACUGGUUGGAACCUCAUCCUCUCUUAUGUUAUAGGUACAGCUAGUGUGGGGCGAGCUUGGAGCUCUACGUUCGAUAACUUAAUCGAGCAGAAGAUCUCUAACUUCUUCAGGGCAUCCAUGGCUAUGAAGGUUCCUGGGAAGGUUCUUGCAGAAUAUCCGGACCUAUUUGCCCUCAUUCUCAUCCUGCUACUGACUGGACUGCUUGCUUUUGGUGUAAGUGAGUCUGCUCUGGUGAACAAGAUCUUCACUGGGAUCAACCUGAUUGUGCUGGGCUUUGUCAUCAUUUCUGGCUUUGUCAAGGGCAACACAGCAAACUGGAACCUCACAUAUGAAGACUUUGUCAAUGAUACAAAUAUCACCGAACCAGAACGGGUAGAAAGCACAUUUGGAAGUGGAGGUUUCGCUCCGUUCGGCUUCAGUGGCAUCUUAUCUGGCGCAGCCACCUGUUUCUACGCCUUUGUUGGCUUUGAUUGCAUUGCUACAACAAGUGAAGAAGCCAAGAACCCGAUGCGUUCCAUCCCCGUGGGCAUUGUAGCCUCUCUGCUUAUUUGCUUCUUUGCUUACUUCGGUGUGUCAGCUGCUCUUACGCUCAUGAUGCCCUAUUACAAACUCAACACCCAGAGUCCCCUGCCCGAGGCCUUCAGUUACGUGGGCUGGGCACCGGCACGCUAUAUUGUAGCUGUGGGUUCACUCUGUGCCCUCUCGACAAGUUUGUUGGGCUCCAUGUUCCCCAUGCCUCGAGUGAUAUACGCUAUGGCAGAGGACGGGCUGCUCUUCCGUUUCCUUUCCAGGAUGAACAAGAGAACCAAAACUCCACUGCUGGCGACUGUUGUGUCUGGAAUCGUGGCAUCUCUCAUGGCAUUUCUGUUUGAUUUGGCUGCAUUGGUUGACCUCAUGUCUAUAGGGACAUUGCUUGCAUACUCUCUGGUCGCCGUGUGUGUCCUCAUUCUCAGAUAUCAGCCAGGCAACCUGAGCUCUUCCAGUCAGACAGAGAAACUGGUGGAACUGGUCGGUGGCGAGAAAGUGGCCGUAUGUGGAGACAGUGGAGAUGAAUAUGGCAUAGAUCUGGAUGACAAUCCCCGCAAAGAGAAAUUCUCUCUGAAACUCCUCCUGGUUCCUUCCAAGGACUCGCCAACAGAAAUGUCGGGAACUAUUGUCUAUGGCACAACUGCUGUUAUCUCUGUGCUGAUCACCAUACUGUGUGCGGUUUUGGCUCUGCGUCUGGAAGCCAUCGUGAAUCUCGAGAUUGUGUGGGUGACGACGUGUGUCAUUCUGGUCCUGCUGUGCAUCCUGUGUGUCAUUGUGAUCUGUAGGCAGCCUGAGAGCAAGGAAGCUCUCACCUUCAAGGUGCCUCUGUUACCUUGGCUGCCUCUAUUCAGUAUCUUUGUCAACAUCUAUCUCAUGAUGCAGCUGGACGCGGCCACCUGGUGCCGCUUCACUGUGUGGAUGGGCAUUGGUUUCGCAAUCUACUUCGGCUAUGGUAUCCGGAACAGCACCGAGGCCAUGAACAGCUCCCUCCGAAAAUACGAGCCACCCCUUCAGAACAAAAGCCCCAUAUAUCUAGGCGGUGAGGAGAGUGAAGUAGAGGGCAUUUCUCCCUGAUAGGAAGAGAGAACGACGGGCAUAUUGCCCUACAUAUUUUCGUUUUAAGUCUGCAGAUUUGAUGUGAAAAUCACGGCUCAUUUAUUGAAGAGACUGCCCCAAACAUCUCAAUUGGGAAAAAAAAAAAAGGAUUUCUCAUCCUCUCAAAAUGAUCAGGUUCCUCAACCUAAGAGUUUUCCAUUAGAGGUCAUCGUGCAGCUUUGGCCUUUCAGUACUGUAGAUGCUGGUUUAAAUGUCCCUGUGGCUGCUGCUGUAAUCACUAGUACUGUAAUGGCCAUAUUGUCUGGCGGACAAUGAACUGACUGUGUACAGGGUAUUUUGUUUUCGUCAUUGAGCUCCAAGCGCGUUGUUUGUGCAUUUGGAUUCUGAAUCCAAAAUGGUCUCCUUCUGCCUCCUGGUUUUUCAGCAUGAGGUUGUGAAUUACAACAGGGACCCCUAGUGUUCACCGUGCAGAAUGUGAAAAUGGCAAUACCGUGAGACAGUAUUGGUGGUUGUUGGUUACUGUCAGACAGAAUAAUUGAAGAAUUGAAACUGAAAAAAACUGAAAAGCUUUUAGACAUUUUGGCUUGGCUAAAAUCCCAUGUGUGUGAGAGAUGACUAAAAGAGUGCAUGGAUAGGAAAAAUGUUUCCAUUUCCUAAGAAUGACAGUGAGGUAUUAGCCCCGCUGCAUUUUGGGAUAAUGAUAUUGGGUAUAUUGUUGUGGUAUAAAAUGAUAGUUUUUUUUAAAGUGUGUGUGAGAGUUUUGAAUGGACCAUACAAGGUUGCACCAUAAAAUGUUUAGUUUUACAAAAUACUAAAUUAUUUUUGGGGAAAAACUGUUUUAUAUGAACAUGUAUAGUUUACCCAUCCAUCCAACUUCCUUAAACUUGAUGAUUUUACUUAAGCAAACUGUAUAACAGUUAUUGUAUUUCCAGACAAUGCUUAUGAAAAGUUCCUUGAUAACUGCUGUUUCUGCCAAAACUACUUGCACUGCCGUUCAAAAGUUUGGGGUCCGUAUGAUUAUUACUUUUUAAGAAGAAGAAGAAGAAAUGAAUACUUUUAUUCUGCAAAAAAAUUGUUUUCAACAUAAAUAAAAAUGUUUCUUGAGGAUCAAAUCAGCAUAUUAAAAUGAAUUCUGGAGGAUCAUGUGAUGCUGAAGACUGGAGUAAUGAUGCUGAAAAUUCAGCUUUGUGUCACAGGAGUAAAAUAUAUUCAAAUAGAAUUGAAUUCUUAUAAUAAUAUUUCACAAUUUACUGUAUUUUUGAUCAAAUAAAUGCGGCCUUUAUGAGCAUAAGAAACUUCUUUCAAAAACAUUUAAAAAUCUCCAAACUUUUGAAUGUUAGUGUAUCUACGGUUAUCCUUACCAACUAGUACAUUGAUAGAAACCGCCAUGACUUGAAAGAUUAUGAAAACUACUUAUAUUGUUUGAAGGACAUCCCAUAAUCUUUUAUUUUCAACAGUAUUAGCUGUAAUAUUUGAGCAGAAACUGUUACUGUGCUAACUUUGUUAGUAAUGUUAGUCUAACUCACAGGUCAAGGGUUAAACCUAAACUUGACUGAAGACCUAAAGAAACAGGCCUUUCAUAUCUGAAGGUGUAGAUAUAUACUUGAGAAAUAAGUGUCACUGUUUUUCACCAUAUUUUCUUGUCUUUUUUUUUUUUUUUGGUUUCCAUUGAAACUUGUUCUUGGCAGCUUGGCUGUUGAGCUCAUGUACCUUUUAUCUAUUUUUGUUCUUUAUUGUAGAGAAUUUGUAAUGUAGUGGAAUACUAGUUUACUGUUGCUCAAUCAAACUUGUCAAUCAUCUUGUGCACCUAUCAUACUUUUUUGAUAUUUUAUAGUAUGCAUAUUUUAUCCAUUCUGGAUGCUGAAAUUCAGCUCCUUUUUUUCAGCCGUUUUUGGUUGGUUGUGCAAAAAAAAAGUUUGUGUAACCUAAAUGUAUUCAGAUAAUCAGAGAGCAAUGGAGGUGUCUACAUGACAGAAUAAUAGAAUAGUUGUUUAAAACCACUAUUAUUUGUAAACGCAUUUUUGUCUUUAUUAUAUUAACAUUCUGACUUGAUUAGAAGCAUAUUUUUGUAUAGCUUUACUAUUAUAUUUGUGUUUCGCAAUCAACUGAAAAUGGUUUUGUUUACAUGUACUGUACCAGACAUGUAAAGUUUAGCAUGUAAACGUGUCCGAUGACGCAUUGUUGUCUGAUCCCAGGCAUUACAGUUUUGAUUCAAUUUGGAGACAUACGUUUCCUGUAGAUCAGUGCCUGAAGUUUCAAAUGUACCUCAAAGAUGGUUGGUAGAUAUCAACAUAUACCAAGUCAUUUGCCUUUGAGAUCCACCUGUUACAUGUGUUUGUUUAUCAGUAUAUGAAUAUAUAUAUUUUAUUUGUCCUUGUUUUUUUUUAAACUGUAAAUAUUCACGCCAUGUACAAAGAAAAUGAGCUGUAUUAUAAAGAUUCUGUUGUAUGUUUUUCUUUUUUUUAAAAAAUAAAAUGUUUCACAAAACAA